AGACUAUCGACAUCUCAUGGUUCCGCUGUGGAAAUGGCCUCGUCUUGUCACCCAGCUAUAAAUGCCAAAUGAGCUGCUAUCUUUCGGAGUCGGCCGAGAGAAGAUAGCCCCCGCUUGAGCCACUCAACCCAAAGGCCGGGGGCGGGGGGGUGGGUAGAAAGAAUUACCGGGACGUUUGUUACCGUAAUUUUGAGGAGUGACUAGGCAGAAAAGCGAUGCCACAUUUCCCGUGGCCAGAGCCGCUGUCACCCGCUCAACUCAAGCGGUUGGAGGAGCACAAAUACAGCGCCUCCGGUCGAUCCCUGUUCGAGCCGCCGUGUCAGGUCUACUGGAACUGGCUCAUCCAGCAAAUACCGACAUGGGUCGCGCCAAACACUCUGACUAUUGUUGGACUGCUGGUCAAUAUCCUCUCCACGGUGGUGCUUGUGUAUUAUUGUCCCACGGCAACAGAGGAGGCUCCAUCAUGGGCCUUCAUCAUGAGCGCUCUGGGCCUGUUCAUCUACCAGUCUCUAGACGCCAUUGAUGGGAAGCAGGCCAGGAGGACAAACACCAGCUCACCGCUGGGGGAGCUCUUCGACCACGGCUGCGAUGCCGUCUCCACAGUCUUUGUUGCUGUGGGAACGUGCAUUUCAUGUGGAAUAGGAAGAUACUCGAACUGGAUGUUCUUCUGUGGUUUCAUUGGGAUGUUCAUGUUCUUCUGCGCCCACUGGCAGACCUACGUGUCCGGGACCCUCCGCUUUGGCCUGAUUGACGUGACAGAGGUGCAGGUCGCCAUCACGAUCAUGUAUUUGAUGACGGCAUUCGGAGGCGUGAGCCUUUGGCAAACCACGUUGCCCAUCAUAGGAAUGCAGCUGUACGUCUUCCCCAUCAUUGGCAUCAUCGGAGGGGCCCUCUACUCCUGCUACAACUACUUCCAUGUCAUUUUGAAUGGAGGUGUUGGCAAAAACGGCUCUACUGUGGCGGACACCAGUGUGCUGAGUCCUGGUUUGCACAUCGGCCUCAUCCUCACCCUGGCCUUCAUCAUUUUCAAGAAGUCGUCCAGCCACUUGUUUGAGCACCACCCCUGCCUGUACCUGCUCGCCUUCGGCAUGGUCAUCUCCAAGAUCUCCAACAAGCUGGUGGUAGCACACAUGACAAAGAGUGAGCUGCACCUCCCAGACACAGCCUUUGUAGGCCCUGGCCUCCUCUUCCUUAACCAAUACUUCAACAGCUUCAUUGACGAGCACAUAGUCCUCUGGAUCGCCAUGGUCUUCUCUCUUCUGGAUCUCACGCGCUACUGUACGGGCGUGUGCCUCCAGAUCGCCUCUCACCUGCGCAUCCAAGUCUUCAGCAUCACUCCACCGAGCCACGGCCACCGCGACUGACGGCUUGCCCGGCGGGAGGAGGCGGGGGGAGACGCGGAUCUCUCCCCGCUACUGAAAGCAGACGACCACGAUGGCGAGGAGAUGUCCUUGACCCCGAGCCACUGCAGCCUUGACAAAGUCACCACUUCUGAAUAAAACUGCCUCUCCCCCAACAGAAGGAAGAAAAUAAAAACAACUCAACACUACAAACCAAAAAAAAAAAAAAAAAAAAAAGAAAAAAAGGUUUUGAAAAGCAUGGAUCUAUUGAAUGAACAAAUUACAUGGGACCAGAGUUUCCCUUAAAUUACUCAUUGGUUGUUGUAGCCAAUAAGUUUUAAUUUAAACAUCAGUGCAUGUCAGAAAAAUAAAGUUUAGAUUUUCACAUCAGAAGUGCACUCUUAACACUUCCUGUUUAUUCAACUCAAAUACCAAAAUAUUUUCUUUAACAGGUAUUUUAUUGCUUGGGCAGAUAUCAGUGCAUUUUUAUCUGCUUUAAAUUUACAGACGUGUGGGAUUGUCACAUAUUUAAGACUCAUAAAUAUACGACAAUCUUAACUCAAUAAGGUAAAGCUCUUUGAUAUAUGCCCAAACUAAAACCUGUUGAAAGUUUUCUUAAUAAUUUGUUUUUAUUUAUUCAAUGAAUGUGACUCCAUGGAACAUAAAUCAGGGUUUGAAAAUACAGAUUAAAAUUUUUAAAUGACCUUUAAAACCUCAUAAUUUCCAAUGAAGUUUGCAAUGUGGACUGGCAGGUUGUCAACGAGCUACGUGGAAGGGUGACGGUCUGUGUGUUAGUGCUGAAAACGACGACAGGUUUUCUAUAAGGCUUUCUCUUACAAACAUCUUUCUAUUAAUAUUUUUAUUCCCUGUUACUCAUCUCAUCCUACAGUCCUGGAAAAUAAAAUAAAAAAAACCACACCUCACCUCCGGCCUGUAGAGCGCCGUCGACUGAUGAAGCACCAACGCACGACUUCUGCUUUCUCUGUUCUUCUCCCUGAAGGGCUAAUAAUUAUUUGUGAUUGUACAGAUUUCAACUGAAGACGCCUUAAAUAUUUUUGUUGUAAUUACUGUUUAACUUGUGAAUAUUUAAAACGGCUUUGUACGUUGUUUCAUCCCAGAUGCAACAAUAGUAAUAAUACAACUCUACUGGAGGGUGUUUAUUUCUUUUUUUUAACUGUUUGCUCAUGAUAUUUCUUUACUUAUACAAAUGUAUAUUAUGUAUAGGUGAGUGAUUCAUUUGGAUCUUCAAGAUUUGUUGGAUUAUCACUAAUUUUAUAAUGAUGGAUUAUCACUGAAUAGUUGAAAUCUAACUGAAUCAUUAUUCAGGUUCAUUGGGAUCAAAAGGGAUAUUUCUGUAGUGCCGGUGAACUAUUUAAGGGUUUAAAAAAAAAAAAAAAGAGAAAAAUAAAAUGAUCUUCCUCUCUGAUUCUGCUUCUGCAGGAUUACGGACGUUGUAGAGGGGCAUGUCCUAAAAAGUUGGGUUUGCAUAAUUUACAAUGGACUUUGGAACUAUGCAUUAAAAUGUACAGCCUUGAUUUCAACACCGUGUUGCACUGUUCAAUAAUACAGUAAAACACCUUUCUACUAACAAAUAUGAGUGGAAAAGAUUGUAAUAAAGAAAAUAUUUUUCAUGUGA